CUUCUCACCAAGCAUGACUUCGCCAGUUCGCCGACCGUAUCGGUCUAAACGACAUCCACCCUGUGAUCGGUGUCGACAGAAGAAGCUCCGGUGCGAGAACCUCGGCCAAGUCGCCUGUCAGCGGUGCCAGGCCAGUGGCGUAUCCUGUUCAUUCAACCGGCUGCAGGUUCAGAGCCCGCCUGCGACGAGUAUCCCGGCGGUCUUUAGUCCAACUUCACAGCCGACAUACGUACAUGAUGCGGUUGUGCCCGAAUACCAAGCUGAAUCGGCCAUCCCGACCAUCGAACCGGACCCGAUCGGCCCUCAGUCUGAAUCGUAUCUACCGGAUGACCCUUUUGCAUACCAAAUCUCCGAGCGGGCGACGCCUCAACAGGCGAUCCAAACUCUGGAUCUACUGCCUGGCGUGUGUGCACAUGUCAUGGGCACAUCCGGUGAAUCGGACCCAUUCCUUCUCCGCCACUGCAAAUUCGACGACUACGGCCUCUUGCAUUUCCAGCACGUUCGAUUCCGUAAUGCCGGUGGGGUGCCUCUUGCGGAAAAGAUCCCCGUCCAUUAUCUGGUGACUGAUGCCGCUGUCUAUGAAUCAGCGAAACUGUCGACUAGAACCUGGAGGCAGGUGCCGCCGCGAGAUGCACUUGACGCCCUCAUACCAGCAGACCACGGCCAGCGCCUCGUUUCUCUUUUCAUCACACACAUUUUCCCCAGCUUGCCUAUUGUCCCCCAUUUCAUCGGUUCGGAGAGUCUCCAUACAAUCCCCGUGCAUCUCCUUGCAGCUCUUUACGCUUCUGCGCUCCCGUUCGCGAAAUUUGACGAAGCCCUCUCUCUUGCAUACGCCUUUGAACCACCUCCAGCGGCCCAGCUAUGGCGGCUAAGUCUCGAUCUGAUCUUGGAAGAAAUACAUACACCUCACCUUUCAGUUCUCCAAGCUGGGCUUUUAUACCUCCACAAACCCUAUGAUGGUCCACAGCAAAGUUCAGUCGCCGAUACGCCAUUCCUGUGGUCUUUUAUCGGCAUGAUGGUUGGUCUUGCAUCAUCCUUGGGGCUGCAGUUCGAGUGUCGCCCCAUGGGUAUGCCACUAUGGGAAAGGCGUCUGCGCCGUCGACUCUGGUGGGCAAUCUACAUCGAGGACAAAUGGCGAGCGCUCCUUCUCGGCAGGCCACCGUAUAUCCGUCAAGAUGAGUGGGAUGUCACCGAUCUCGACGAGUCGGACUUUGAAGGCGCGCCUGCGGACAGGUUCAUGCGGAUUGCGAAGAUGGCUCGCAUUGCAGACGAUAUCCAUGUGUCUCUAUACUCCCUCCGCGCCGCCCAACGCCUCUCACCCAAUCUCCCAGACUCACUACAGACUGCCCGAAUCCUACUACGACAGCUGCAAGAAUGGCUCUCACUCCUCCCACCACCAAUGCAGAGCAGCACAUCCGACCGUCCUGAACUCUCGACAUGCGUCCAUUUUGCCUACCUGUUACUCGAAAUAUUCAUCUUCCGCGCGCUACUCCGGCCAAUGGUCCGAUCUGCGCCGCCGCCGCGUCUCAUUGACGAAACCGAGCCUCUCCCAAUCUUCCCGGACCUCAACGUAGAUGACUACAUCGCGCAGAUAAUCGACGUCGAUAAUUUCGUAAGCGAAGAAGAGCCCGCGAUCAAUAUAAACGAGGAAGACAAAUCCGUCCCUAUUAUACUAAGUGCAGCGGAGAACUGUGCGGCCAGUAUGCUCCGACUCGUCUCGCGCAUGGAGGCGCGCGAGAUGUCGACAUUCUGGUACUCAUGGUGCCGCAUCGGCUUCGCAACAGUAAGCAACUUCAUGGUCCUCCUCCUCGUCCAAGCACCGACAAAAGAGCACGCCAUUCGCGCAAAGAAGCUGGUAUAUAUGUGGCAGCAAGCGUUGCAGAGCCAGAGUAACGGGUGGGAUAUGAUGGAUCUGGGGCUGGUAAGAUUGAAUGGGCCGUUGAGUAUGGGGUUGGCGAAUGCGUUUUAUCUCCCCCAGCACGUGAGGGAGGUUGUUGAGAAUGUAACAUAGGAAUGAACAAGCAUCUUCUGAAUGCUAAAGUAUUUGAGUAUAUAAUAUAACGAUCAAAUGAUUUCCGCCGGAGU